AUGGCGAACGUCGAGGAGCCCGAGCAAGUGUCCAAAACGACUUCGAUCCUCGUCGGGGUUCUGGUGGUCAUGCUGUGGGAAGUGCUAUGCACAUCCUUGACCAAGGAGAAGCCCACCAUCGUGACCGAGUUGGUUGCACUGCUCUGCCGCGGCCGCAAGGAGAAGCUGCGGAACCAACGGCAGGGCCUGGCUCAUGUGCUGUGCCAGAAGAUGGACGAGUUCUCUCAAGAGAACGCCAAGGCCCACUUCUGGUCGGCCCGCACCUGGUCUCGAGAGUUCGAGCCAAGCGAAGAGCUGAGUACCUGGGAGCUCGAGGACUCUUCUUGCGGUCCGAGUCGCUUUCUGCCGCUUCCCGGCAUGUCGGUCAUCUUCUUCGCCGAGCACACGAUCACUAAACGGCAGAGCGAAGGCAGCAUCGACAUCACGCUGCUGCGUGUUGGGGACCUCAGCAAUGAGGUGGCGGUGGAGCUCGCCACAAUCGUUGGGACCGCGAAGGCCGAGCACUGCUUCAAGGCCUCCAAGGGCCUGGCGGUCUUCCCUCCCGGCCUUAGCUCCGCGACCUUCUCCGUGGAGCUCAGGCCCCACGAAGGCUUCAUCUCGCAGCGCUUCUUCGUUGUCCACGUGGAGCGCAUCCUCGGCCAGGCCACUAUGGGCAGCUGCUUCUUCACCCGCGUGCGGCUGCUGCCGUCAGGGGUCUGGCCGGAAGGCCUAAAAGCGGCUGACGUGGAAUGCCCAAAUCCCAGUCGUCUGGUGAGGCUGAAGAUGGUCUGGGCCUUUGCCGCGAUGAUGCUACGGCGCCGGGGGAUCCGCCUCUGGAAGGUGAUGGCCUCCAUCGUAUGGCUGGAUUUCCACCGUGUGGUCAUGAACACGCUGCUGCUCAACUACGCGAUCUACGACUUUUGCUUGACGAAGGCCAGCUUCGAGGCCGCGUGCCACCGUCUGCCUUUCAUCGUCCUGGCGAAGCUGGUGCUGGUCUGCGUGGACAGGCUGGCUAGCCACGUCAAGGCGGCCAUGCUGGGCAGCCUCUCCACCACCCGCCUACUUCAGGAGGUGCUCCUGCACAGGUACCUGCAGCUUCCCAGCGACGUGCUGCACCUUGGCACCUUCCUGCACAUGCUCUUCGACACCGUGCCCGAAAGCGUGACCUACGGCUACAAGACCAUCUUCCAGCUGGCGCACAGUUCGGUGUCCAUGGUCUUUUCUGUCCUCAUCGCACUGGUGGUGCAGGUUUUGAAAGGGGAGGUGCCGCCCCGCAGCGCCUGGCAGCCGCUUCUCUGGAUCCUGGUGCCGAUGUGCUGGACAGUGAUCAUCAGUGUCUGUCAGCGGCGGAGUUCUUUCAAUCGAUGGGCCGUGCAGGCACGCGACUCUGACAUCGAGAAGACCUCGGCCAUGGUGGAGCUGUUGAACUGCCGGCAGUGGCUACGAGCCUACGACGGCUCGUACCCUGUGCAGCAUGUGCGGAGCACGUUUGAUGAUGCCUGGUCCAGCUUCCUGGAAAAGCGGACCUUCUUCGGAAUCUACAAGAACGACACACAGUGGCUGGCUCGCUACGUCGGGGAGCUCACGAAGGUGCUGGGGAUUCUGUUCGGUGGCUAUGCGGUCGUUCAACACACGCAGAGUGGGGAGGGCAACAUGACCAUCGGCCGCUUCACAGUGUUUGUCAGUCUCUACAGCAUCAUCGUCGACGUGCUCUACAGCUUCAUCGACGCGUGGGAUGGCCUGGUCUAUGCAGGGAUACUCGUUGAGGAGCUUGCGCAGUUCAUAAACAGGCCCAGCAGGUGGCUCCAUCAGCUCUCUGACGAGCACGUCGAACCGGAGAGCCAUCCAGUGCUGACGGGCUCCUUCGCCAUAAAACUGGCUUCUGUGAGCUUCCACCUGGAUGCGAUGCCUAGCAAGCUAUCAUCAACGGAUGCAGAUAUUCCACUGGGCCGCACAUAUGGUAUCCGGACGCUCAAUGAUGCGAGCUCCUUGCGUCGGCAGCUAGGUGAGAUCCUGGGUGGAUUGCGGGAACCGCCUGGCAAGGUAGACUUGGUCGGCUGCGCCAGGUUCCUACUUCUGAAACCCCCAGUCACCUUGGCGACCGGAUCCGUGCUGGAGAACCUGCUCUCCAACGCCGCGGCGUGGGUGCGGGCGAGUGACGUCAUCGCGCUCUUGGCCAUGUUGGGCAUCCCGUUGCCACCGCCGCCGGGUGCCCAGCCGCGGCACGCGCUGGACCCGGCCGUCCUUCUCCAGGCGGUGAAGCAAGCUGCUGAGCUCCAUGGGGCCACGCCGUCGCAGCUCAAGAGCGACAAGCUCUACGCCCACUGCACCUGGUUCCGAGAUCGCUGUGUCGAGUCUGACAUCGACGUGCUGUCGCAGAUCACGAGAGCAGAGGAGCUUCUGCAGCCCUCGGAAAAAUUUCUGUUCGACAUCGCACGUGGUCUUCUCGCUGACCCGGAAGUGUUGGUGGUUCAGGACAUCUUGGGAGUGCUGCCGCUGCCUCUGGCGAGAAACGCGCUGCAGGUUUUGUGGCUCUGGCAGCGCCUGGGAGGCCUCAAAGGCGUCAUCCUGGCCUUGGAGGGCGGCAUGGCGGCGGUGCCACCGCUCUUUCCUCCAUGGCUCACACCUUGCGGCAGCCUCCCGCGCACCGUCUUCAUUUCAGAGUCCACGAUCGUUUGUGCAGGGCUCCAUUUGAGCAGGACCAUCGAUUCCUGGUUGCUUUUCCAGCCAUCCGGAUUGCUGGAAAUCGUGGAGGGCGGAUCCAUCGACGAUUGA